CGCAGCUUUCCAAAUGAGAUAAAGAGGAGAGCAUUGCAGAUUCAAGAGUUUCAUCUCCUCUUGUUCUCUUUCUUUUUCUCAUUCUCUCUAUGGAUUCACUCACUCUCUUCUGUACGGCGGCUCUUUUGGCCGGCGGCCUCUACUGGUUCGUCUGCAUUCUUGGGUCAGCAGAACAGACGGGAAAGAGGGGCGUGGAUCUCUCCGGCGGGUCGAUCUCGGCGGAGAAGGUUCAAGACAAGUACAAACAGUACUGGUCCUUCUUUCGCCGACCCAAAGAAAUCGAAACCGCCGAGAAAGUGCCUGACUUUGUAGAUACAUUCUACAAUCUCGUCACAGACAUCUACGAAUGGGGAUGGGGCCAGUCCUUCCACUUCUCUCCCGCCGUCCCGGGGAAGUCCCACCGUGACGCCACGCGCCUCCAUGAGGAGAUGGCGGUGGAUCUCAUCGACGUAAAGCCCGGAGAUCGAAUCCUGGACGUUGGAUGCGGAGUGGGAGGUCCUAUGCGCGCAAUCGCGGCUCACUCGCGGGCCAAUGUUGUGGGGAUCACCAUCAAUGAGUACCAAGUGAAUCGCGCCCGCUUGCACAACAGAAAGGCCGGGUUGGACUCGCUCUGCGAAGUCGUGUGUGGCAAUUUCCUCCAGAUGCCGUUCGCUGACAACAGCUUCGACGGCGCGUACUCCAUCGAAGCUACGUGCCACGCGCCGGAGCUCGAAGAAGUCUACGCCGAGAUCUUUAGGGUUUUGAAACCCGGAUCUAUGUACGUGUCCUACGAAUGGGUUACAACGGACAAGUUCAAAGCAGAAGAUCCAGAACACGUGGAUGUCAUUCAAGGCAUCGAGAGAGGUGAUGCUUUGCCUGGCCUGAGGCCCUACUCCGACAUCGCUGCGACGGCGAGGAAGGUAGGGUUCGAGGUGGUGAAAGAGAAGGAUCUGGCGAAACCACCGGCGAUGCCAUGGUGGACAAGGUUGAAGAUGGGUAGGAUUGCCUACUGGAGGAACCACAUUCUGAUUAUGAUAUUCGCCGCCUUGGGAAUCGCACCAAAGGGAACUGUGGAUGUUCAUGAGAUGCUGUUCAAGACAGCUGAUUAUCUCACAAGAGGCGGCGAGUCCGGAAUUUUCACUCCAAUGCACAUGAUCCUCUGCAGAAAACCUGAAUCCUCAGAACACGAUUGAGGUACCAAGCACCUCCCAAUUUCUCCCAAUUUCUCCGUGUUUACGUUAAUUUUCCCUAGAAUCUUAAUUUAUCCUUUAUUUAUUAUCAUCUUGGAGCCCCUUUUUUUUUUUGCCCUUUGAAUUCCGUGGUUGGAUCUUUGUUUCUACUCUUUUGUGAUAGUGAAGAAGUCGAUAAUUUUUAUUUUCAUUUGAAUC